AGAAAUCUCAAAUGGAGUGACCUCUGAAGAAAUAUUAUCAGGCUAGUUUCAGAAAACAGCCGCACCGGGAUAUCGUUGCACUUUCACCUUAGUGAAAGAGGAAAUCCCAGCAAGUGUCAAAGCCUGACAAUAGUUGGACAAGUGCACUUCCGCAUUAUGCGUGUGCUUAAUAGCAGACACAGCAUUGCUCGCAUCAUGUGGGAAAAGAACAAUGAAAGAGCACGUACAAGUGGAUGACGCUUGAUGAGUACGCUUUCUGAGCAGCUCAAACAUGGACACUUCACGCACACAGCAGGGCACAGGGCUGACGCUGCCCCGCAACUGGAGGAGGAGAAGCUUCAGCUCGUCAUCUUUAAGCAUUAAAAAAAGGAACACCAAUAUCGAAGAAGAUGCAGUUUCACAAGAAAGGGGUGCAUGGUCCUUUUCAUCAAAUAGAGAGUUCUCACGAAGAGGUGCACAGCCCAAAAGCAGCUUGAUCUCAGAUGUUGCUGUCAAUCAUUCAUCCAAACACGAAUCAUUGAAACAUCUUGAAUGCACCCUCCCAAGGGACGAUGGGAGUGGACGACCAAAAGCACUCAAGAGGCUAAGUGCCAUGUGGUCUUCUUUCCGCAAAGGCAAAAGAGAUCGGGUGAAAGAUCAAGAUCCCCCAGAGCCACCAGGCCUGAUAGGAGAAGACAAAGCAACCAGGCAACGACGUUUCGUCAGUGGGCAGUACUUUUUCGAGUACCUGGUGGUGGUCAGCCUCAAGAAGAGCAAGGAUGGCAACUGCUAUGAACCUCAGAUCUCCUACCAGUUCCCUAAGCGGGAUGGAAUGGCCAAAUUUCAAAAGGAGGAAGAAGAGCGAACACUCAAGGCCAUCACGCUCUUCUGCUUCCCAGAGGGUAUCAAAUGGGCCCCUUUGACCGAAUAUCACAGUGAGACCUUCUCCUUCGUCUUAACGGAAAUUGACGGCAGCCGAAGAAACGGAUACUGCAGGCGUCUACUGCCUGGUGGGAAGGGGGCUCGCCCGCCUGAGGCGUACUGCAUCAUCAGCAGCUUAGCUUGCUUUGGCCUGUUCUCAGAGAUUUUUGAUGAGGUGGAGAAGAGACGGCAGAUCUCCAUGGCUAUGAUUUACCCAUUCAUGCAGAAAUUGCGGGAGGCUCCAUUCCCAGCUCCAGGAAACACUGUGGAGAUUAAAAGCUUCAUUCCUGAGUCGGGCACUGAGAUUAUAAAACUGACGCGGCCGCUGGACUCCUGGCUGGAACACGUCAACUUUGAAGUGCUGUUCAGCUGCCUUACAGAUGAGGAGGUGCUGCUGGUGUUUGCGGCCGCAGUCCUUGAGAGACGGAUCGUUUUCAUUGCGGAGGAGUUGGGCACGUUAUCCCAGGUCAUUCAUGCAGUGGCAGCCCUCCUUUAUCCUUUUACCUGGCAGCACACCUUUAUCUCCAUAGUUCCGGAGAUCCUAAUCGAUGUUGUGAUGGCACCCACGCCAUACCUGCUGGGAGUACAGAAACGCCUCCUUGACCUUGUCACUGACCAAAGCGACCUACUGAUAGUGGAUUUAUCAGAGAACAGAAAAGAAACCUUCAUUGUUUCUAUUGGUGAUGAGCACUCUAUUCUUCCGCCCAAGCUGCAAAGUGAAAUCCGAGAGGCGCUCAGUCAGAGGAAAAAAGGCUCAUGUAGGUCAACGGCACUAUUAAAUAUAAUUCAUCAUUCAUUCAUCAUCACAUUGCUGUCUUCUGUUUCAGCAACAGAAGAUCUGAACCGUGUGGUGUCCGAGGCCUUCUUGCUGUUCUUUGUGAAAACAGUCGGUCAUUAUAUGUCCUACGUGAAAUGCAGUCACACGGGAGGGCAGAGUGUAUUUGAGAAAAGGAGCUUUUACAAAGCCAUUGACUCAAAGACCACACGGCACUUUGUGAAGAAGUUCAUCCAGACUCAGAUGUUUGAUCUGUUCAUCCAGGAGGUGGAGCAACAACAGACUGGACCACAGCAGGGAAUAUUUCACAAAAAGAUUGUGGAAUACCAGGAGAAGAGGAAAAAGGAAAAGAGCAAGAAACACUAGUUUGUCGCAUUGCGUGUAUAUAAUGGAGUACAUUGCACUGUUUUUAUUUGUCAUUUUUUUGUUAAUUUUUUGUUUUUGCAUACUGUAUUGCUGCUACUUUGUCAAAACACUGGUUUACAGUCAAUUGCUGGUGAGCAGGAAAUCAUUUCAAUCAAAUAAAGACCGUUUUUAAAGUUGGUCUAUUGAAAAUCAA